GCAGGCUAUUUGUUUACAGCGCUGGAACCCAGAGUAUACUUUCAAGGCCCUCCUACCAAUACCUACGAGUAUCGGCCCACUAGUUUCGAGACAUUCUCCCAGGCUUUUACUCGAAGAUGCGAAGCAUCGCAUUACAAACAAGCAAGUCUUCAAGUGCUUUAUAUUUUUAUUUUAAACAUGAGAUUCUUUUUAACAGAUCCCGAGAGACAAAACAAAACGUUGCUUUGCGCAAAGUUUGAGUUUGCUGAGACAGACAGAAAUCUGUCUCGCUAGUGUCACGCGUGAACCAAGAUACAAAUAAGAGUUUAUCCAUUGUUUGCCUUUUUUGCAGAAUUAGCUGCUAGCGUUGGUGGUUAUGAGGUCUACAAAAUUGUUUGAAUUGUUGAAUAUUCUACUGAUUGGUUGUUCUGGGUCUCAAAAUAUGCGAAUACAUCAGAACUGUCCAUACUUUUGGUCCCAGCGAUUUGAUAGGUUGCAACAGAUAAUUGCCAUCACCAAAGUUCACUGUUUUAAUUAGCGCUGUUUAAAACUGUCGUGAAAAGUCGGUAAGGUAAAAGGUUUUUAUCUGGGAGGAAAGCCGUCGCAGGUGUUCUGUCGUGAUUGAAUAUAAAAAUAUCAAAUGAAGUACAUUGAAAUAUGGCGCAAGAAGUAAAGAAGAAAUAUUAACAUUUUUGCUAUUACAUGGACAAUUCAAACUAAAAUCAUAAAAGAAAGUGAAACAAGUCUCACUGAACAUGAUGAAGUCAUCGGAGAUUACAUAACAUUGUUCGUGGUAAUGGAUUUGUUCUUGGGUAUAACCUAGAGCGCUAUUUGCUUACGUUUGACACAGAUUAGGGUUUCUCGAAGAUCAAGCAGCGGGAUAAUGAACAGCUGGCAGUGGUUGAACUACGAAGCACAACACUUAUCUUCUAGCUUCAAAGCUAUCUAUAGCGACGUCGUCACUGUAAAGGGCACAGGCUCUGAAGAAAAAACUAUGAGUAAGGGUCCAGGAGCAUCUCUGACAUCGAAUCCGUACUUUAUUUUUAUUAACGUGUUGUCUGGGUUAGUAGCAGUUGUUGGCAACUCGCUAGUGCUGAUAACACUGUACCGGACCUCAAGACUGCAUACAAUGUCGAACAUCUUUUUAGCAUCUCUGGCAGCUAGUGAUUUUGUAGUGGGCGCAGUGGGAAAUCCUUUGAAUAUCAUCCGCGAAGCGAAUGCUUUUGCCUGGAUCUAUUUGCAACUCGUCCCGGCAUUAAAUAUAAGCGCUUUAACCGUAGACAGAUACACGGCGAUUUCAAGGCCUUUGAGAUACGCACAACUCGUGACGAAAACGACAGCCCUUGUGGCCAUCGCCUUUAUUUGGGUUUCGCCCGUUCUUGUGUGCCUCCCUACGGUUCUCACUGGUGACAGUUACUAUCGACAAAUAAUUGUCAUCCUAUCUUUCUUCUUCCCCUUUGUUGUGAUAAUUGUCUGCUACACUGAGAUCACACGAGCCUCUCACCGUCAACUUAGCCGCAUUUCCGCGACGACGCCUGCACCUCUAUCUUCUGGGAGCACCCCAAACAGCAUUCGUAAUGACAAAAAAGCAGCAAAGACUUUUGCGUUAAUAACCGUAGUGUUUUUGCUGUCCUUCGCGCCCCACAUGGCAGGAAAUAUAAUCAUAAUUGUUGAAGGGAAGCCCAAGUAUAUGGGAUGGCUUGAUGUUUUCAUGUUUCUCAGCUCCGCUUUAAACCCCAUCAUUUACGCAUCGAGAAAUGCGUCGUUUAGAAGAGCUUUCAUGCAGCUGUUUUGCCGAAGGUGCUUGACAGUUGCAAACAACUUGGGACAAACCAAAGCCAAAGAGGAUCCCACGUAGUCGCUUCCCAUUUGAACGACGUGGCCCAUUUCCGAGAAAUAAGGGACAUUACACGGGGACCAAACAUGUUUGGACCAUAGCCAAAUAGAAAGGCGACGGUAGAAAGUAAUAGAAAGCUCUAAGAGUCGACGUGAAGACUGCAUAUAAUGUCAAACAUCUUUUACCCUCUCUGGCAGCUAGUGAUUUUGUAGUGGGCGCAGUGGGAAAUCCUUUGAAUAUCAUCUGCGAAGCGAAUGCUUUUGCCUGGAUCUAUUUGCAACUCGUCCCGGCAUUAAAUAUAAGCGCUUUAACCGUAGACAGAUACACGGCGAGUUCAAGGCCUUUGAAAUACGCACAACUCGUGACUAAAACGACAGCCCUUGUGACCAUCGCCUUUAUCUGGGUUUCGCCCGUUCUUGUGUGCCUCCCUACGGUUCUCACUGGUGACAGUUACUAUCGACAAAUAAUUGUCAUCCUAUCUUUCUUCUUCCCCUUUGUUGUGAUAAUUGUCUGCUACACUGAGAUCACACGAGCCUCGCACCGUCAACUUAGCAGCAUUUCCGCGUCAACGCCUGCACCUCUAUCUUCUGGGAGCACCCCAAACAGCAUUCGUAAUGACAAAAAAGCAGCAAAGACUUUUGCGUUAAUAACCGUAGUGUUUUUGCUGUCCUUCGCGUCCCACAUGGCAGGAAAUAUAAACAUAAUUGCUGAAGGGAGGCCCAAGUAUAUGGGAUCCCACGCAGUCGCUUCCCAUUUGAACGACUUGGCCAUCAUUUCCAAGAAAUUAAGGACAUUACACGGUGACCAAACAUGUUUUGACUUUAGCCAAAUAGAAAGGCGACAGCAGAGAGUAAUAGAAAGCCCUAAGAGCCAGACGUGAAAUGCACUUUGAAAUUGACUGACUGAUUCAUUUCAGCCGUUUUCAUCCGAACCACGACGUGAAAACUCGUUUCACGGUCUAGAACGAGAACAUCAAUCAUCCCAUUUUCAUCUAAAAAUAAUAAUAUAAGAAUAGUGCUGGGUUAUGUCAGGGAAGUGUGAGGACUUUCCUGGUUAUGUUGAAAUACUCAAAAAAAGCAAUCCGACCUAGGUAGUUAUUUGAUGGAAUGGGAUGUAAUAAAGCAUUACUUUUGAAGAACCGACUAACUCGACGGUCUGAUUAUCUAGGAAAAUAUACUCUUGCAAAAGAUUAACUGUAGGAUGCACUGCAGGAUGAAUUGAUUCUCAGAGUGCAUAAGGUUACAGCUGAAAUGUGCUCCUGCACCAUUUUCUAGCUACAGUAGAAUAACCGUCGGAUUCACAAAAAGAAUACACUCAACACGCAAACUAUAUGACAUGUAUUUAAUAUUGUAAAUACACGUUUUGCUUAAAAUAAAAUUUCUCGGUUUUCUCAUAA